GCUAUUUUUAUUUAAUCUUAAUAUGUAUACUUAAUAAGUUAUCUGGGUUUUGAACCAUGGCAAUUAUUUUUGCUAAUAAUUUUUUAAAUAAUCAUUUUCAAUGGGGUAAAUAUUACCACAUUUUUGUGAGGCAAUCAGGUUGGACCCAUAAUUGAUUUCUAUUUAUGAUAAAUGAUUCUUUGAGGUAAGUGUAAAUUAUAUACAAAAUUAUAAGUGAGAGGUGAAAACCAUUGUGUGAUAAAAAAUUUGUUAAAAGAAUUGAUAAAUUUUUUAUUUCAUUAUUAGAUAAAUUUUAUAUAACAUCAAAUUUUCCAUAAUAUAUUUGGCCUUUUUUCUAAAUAUUUAUAGAAAUCUUGGGAGAAUGAACAGAUAAUCUAUUCCUCUCAUUUGAUUAUUGAUUUAAGAAAAGAUUUCAAUUAAAUGAAUUGACAAAGUGAUUCCAUAUACUGAAAUAUUGUUUAUUUUUGUUAACAAUAAAUUAAAUUUUUGGAUAUGGCUUGGGAAUAAUCUUUGAAACCUAUGAUGUGGUUUGGGUUUGGAUUUCCAUUAAACAUGAACUGGGCCUGAAAAUUAUUUUUACUUAUGACCUAGGCUGGAUGAAGAAAUCAAUGCCAGUGAAGGUCUCUAAUUUCAAUGAUUAAAAUAUAUCAUUUCUCAGACUUUAUUUGAAGAUAAAUGAAUGGGCAAAUCACAAAUAUGCCUGUUUUCAAUUAUUUGCAAAAUUUAUUAGGAUUGUUAAUUUAAAGAAACUAUGAUUUCAAAGCAUCAUACAUUUCUAAAAAUUGUUGGACACUAAGAAAUAAAGAAAUCAAUUGUGAAGUGUAUAAUGGAGGAAAUAUUGAUCCAUGAUUGUUUUGGCAUAAAUAACAAAAAAUAUUAUAUUUUUUGUGACCAUGCAUUAAGCUUACAUAUAAUAUAAUAGGAAUCUUUUAAGAAAACAUUAUCAAAAAUAUAAGUUAAUAGCUGAUAGUCCAUUAUGAAUGACUGGUAAUCAGAAUUUUCUUCUUUAUUCAAUGAUGGGUGCAUAAUAAAUUUCCUUUAUAUGAUGAUGAUUGAAUCAGUAAAUUUUUCAUUAUUUUUAUAAAAUAUGUUAAUAGAGUGUAUAUUUAUGAAUUUUAAUUUAAAAACAAUAAGGGUCUAGAAUAUAUUUUUUUGAUUAUAAAUUACAAAUACAAAUGAAUAAGAAUUUAUUUUAAAAGAUUUUAAUAUAUUUUUUAGAUUAAAAAUAUAAUACAAAUGAAUAAAAAUUUAUUGUGCACAUAUAUUAAAAUAUCUAAAUAUAUAUUUCUUUAAUAUAUUUUGUAAAACCACUGGAAAAUUUUAAAAUUACACCCUCAUUUAAACAAAUAUAAAUUUAAUUUCUGAAUCACACCUCAUAAGAUAGGAGAAUUUUAAGAUUCAGCCAUCCACCGUCAAAUAAAGGAUAAAAUUAUGAUUCUCCAUCAUUCUUGAUGGCCAUCAAUGCCAAGUAACAAAACAAUAUAUAAAGUCAAAUGUGACUAUAUUAAUUGUAAAACUUCUAAAAUAAGAAGUGACAAAAUAAAUAACCAUUAUAAACAUAAACAUCCUCAUGUCAAGUUAUCUGAUAUCAAAUUUACAAAGAUAGCUAUCAAAAAGGAUAAUAAUUGGGUAUCCUUAAAUAAAGAUAUUCCAUUCAAUAUCACAAAUGGGGUUGAAACCAAGUUACAAAAAAAAUCAAUAACAUCUUACUUCCAAAAACACAAAUCUUUUAUUGAAGAUUCCCAAAUUAUAUUAUCUCAUACAAUGCCCAGUUCCAGUGAUCUGCUGAUUUUGAAUAAUGAGCUCAAAUCUUUUACUGAAGAUUCCCAAAUUAUAUUAUCUCAUACAAUGCCCAGUUCCAGUGAUCUGGUGAUUUUGAAUGAUGAGCAUGAAUCUUUUAUUGAAGAUUCCCAAAUUAUAUUAUCUUCUCAUACAAUGCCCAGUUCCAGUGAUCUGCUGAUUUUGAAUAAUGAGCACAAAUCUUUUACUGAAGAUUCCCAAAUUAUAUUAUCUUCUCAUACAAUGCCCAGUUCCAGUGAUCUGCUGAUUUUGAAUGAUGAGCAAACACACAAAGUUAUUGAAAAUUCCCCAAUUAUAUCUUUUUUUCAUCCAAUUAUCAAUCCCAAUGCAAGCCAAAAUAUUUCAAACAUUAAAGGCCCAAAUAUUAUUCAAUUAUAUAAAAAAAAGGAGCCUAAUGACCCUUUUCAUUUCAUAUUCUUUAGAAUGACAAAUAUCUUGAUUAAUUUCAUAAUUUCCAUAGGCCCAUGUCAGCCAUGUUCAAAUAUAUUUCAAUAUCCUGUUACUCACAAAAGGAGCAUGAAUAUAUCCUAUUAUAAAAAGGUUAAUAUUGAUGGUUCCCUCAAACCAAGAAAUUGGUUAUCCUAUAGCACCACUUUAGACAAAGUCUUUUGUCUUUAUUGUCUUAUGUUUGGUGGCCCUAAAUCCAAUACUUUUUGGACUCAACUUGGAGUAAAUAAUUGGAAAAAUUUUAAGCGUGACUUAGAGAGACAUGAGUCAUCUUCUAUUCAUAAGGAUUGUGAAUACACCAACAUGACUUGGCUUGCAAAUAAGCGUAUUCAAGAUCAUUUUCUAUCAAAUAGGCUUGAUAUAAUAAUGGAAAAUCGUAAUAUAGUUCAUAAUAUUAUUGAUGCCAUUAUAUACCUUAUAAAAUGUAACAUAGCCUUUUGGGGCACUAAUUCGAAUGAAGGUAAUUUUAUGUGCCUCAUAAAAUUAAUGGCAAAAACGGUUCCAACUUUACGGGCAUACAUUGAUAACAACGAAAAAUUGAGGAGAAAAAAAUCAGAUAAAAUUUCAAGACCUUAUAUAAAUUUAUUGUCAUAUGGCCAUGUGAAAAAAAUUAUUGAAGUCAUUAAGAUAAAAAUAAUAAAAUGUAUUAUUCAAAAAAUUAAAGAGAAUUGUGCCUAUAGCAUCAUAUUAGAUGGAACAUAUGAUGUGUCUAAAAAAGAAUGCAUUGCUUUACUUGUAAGAUAUAUAGAAGAUGAUCCGCAUCCACAUCCUGUAGAAAGGAUCAUCCAUGUUUUUACAACAUCAGAAACCACCGGGGAAAAUAUAAAGAAACAUGUUUUUUCUAAGUUCAAAGAUCUUGGUCUUCCUCUUGAUUAUAUGGUUGGGCAAAGUAUGGAUGGUGCAGGGAAUAUGAGAGGAGUAUACAAAGGAAUGCAGGCUUUAAUAUUGAAAGAGGCUCCAAAAGCCAUAUAUAUUUGGUGCCAUGCACAUAGGCUCAAUUUAGUAGUUGCUCAUGUUUGUGGAUGCAAAAUAGAAAUGAAAAAGGUAAUGGGAAUAUUGGAUGAGUUAUAUAAUUUCAUGAAUGGGGUAAGACGUCAAGGAGUGUUUGUUAAAUAUCAAAUGACAAAGUCUAAAAAAUCUCUUAAAAGAAUAAAAAAUACAACAAGAAAUUGGUCAUCAUCUUAUAAAGCUGUAGAAAUUUUUUUAGAUGUUUAUGAACAUAUUAUAGCAUCAUUAAAUGAAUUAAAAGAUUCUAAUGACCCAAGCACCUCUUCUAUUGCCGAUGGAUUAUUAACAAGAAUUAAGGAUGAAGAUUUCAUAUUAAGUCUAUUUAUUUUGAAAGAAAUAUUGAAAUGCACACAUGAGGCUUGUAUUGAAAUGCAGGCAGUUGGUAAUGAUUUGGCUAUGGUAACUAAAUUAAUACAACACACAAAAAAUAAAUUACAAAGACUAAGAGCUAAUGGGGAUAAUAUUUUUUUAAAAUUGCAUUCCUUAUCUAACAGUUAUUUGAAAAAGAAUAAUGUUACAACGGAAUUGCAUAAUAUAAAAUCAAUAUUCAAAUUUGAUCAAACAGCAUUCAAUAAUUAUGUUAAACAAAAAAAAAACAAAUAUAAAAGGGAAAUAUUUUUCCCUGUGCUUGAUACAAUCAUUAAUGAUUUAAAUGAAAGAUUUAAUUAUGAUUGUUUAAAUUUUUUAUCUCAAAUAUCUCUUUUUACACCAGCUGGAAUUAUAGCCAAUGAUAGAAUAGAAGGGUGGCAAAUAUCUCAAAUUUGUCAUACUUACCAAUUAAAUGCUCAAGAUAUUGCUCGUGAAUAUAAUGAUUUUCGAUCUUUAUAUUUGGAUUCACAAGCAAUCAUUUAUUGCAAGGAUCUUUUGAAAAUAAAAAAGAAUGAUGGGUUAUAUAUUGAUGAAAGUAUUGUAAACGAUGAAACCGAGGAAGAUAUCAAUAACGAUAACAUAAUUAAUACAAAAAAAUGGAUAAAAUAUUCAUUUAUACUACCAUAUCGUCUUUUAAAUAAAUUAAAUUCUUAUUCUAAUUUAUAUUUAUUAUAUAAAUAUUUAUUGACUCUACCAACUACUUCUUGUUCAGCCGAAAGAGUGAUGAGCAAAGUCAAAAUAAAUAAAACUAGAAUGCGGAAUAAAAUUUCUGACCCCUUUUUAGAAAAUUUACUUCUAAUAUCCAGCGAAAUUGAUGUUUUUGAAAGAUUUAAAAUAGACGACAUUAUAACGCGAUUUGCAUCUACGUCUAAAAGAUUAACUAAAUUAUUAAUAAAAUAAGUUAUAUCUUUUUCACAGCUAAUUAUAUACGCCUUUUUAAUAAUGUAAAUUUAAUUUAAUAGUUUUUUAUAUCAUUCUAGUCCGGUGCAUAAUAUAAUACUAUAUUCAUUUUAUUUAAAUAUUUUAUAAUAGUUAUAUUUACAUAAAUGUUUUUAUAAUUCCAGUGCAAAAUAUAUUAUAUUCAUUUUAUUUUAAUAUUUUAUAUAAAACUUAUAUUUACAUAGAUGUUUUUAUAAUUCCAGUGCAACUAUAUUCAUUUUUUUCUCAUAUUUUAUAUAAAAGUUAUAUUUACAUAAAAAAAUUUAUAUUUCCAGUG